AUGCCUAUCCGACCUGCGAAUUUUGCAGAUUUGCUACCAGCAGCACAUGUCUGCGCGAACGCAUUCGCAAAUGAAGAUCUGUUCGGCGUCAAAAUCCAUCCAAAUCGAUCAGCUUUCCCAAGCGAUAUGUAUCUGUUCUUCUUGCGACAACUUCGAUGUGAUUUCUUCGAUGGCCGCACCACAGUUAUGGUUUCGCACCUUCAGGGUCAGUCGACCAGCAUAACUGGUGUUGCAGUCUGGAUGCGCAAAGGCUCUGGUGGAGAUCGCAUGGCUGCCUCCCAAUCAUGGCUUGCAUGGUUCACGGGACGCUUCAUCAUUCCAGUAUACAACUAUCUCGGGUCUCUUGUCUGGCCCAACCGCGCCGCAGACCCAGCUAUGCUUGAUGUUUUGGAUCGCGCUAUGCCAUUCACAGCACACUACUGGAAGACACCUGAACGCCUCGAGAACUGGUACCUGUCUCUUCUAGGCACUGGUCCCGAGUACCAAGGUCAUGGGUAUGGCAAGGAGUUGCUUAGAUGGGGUAUGGAACGUGCUAGCGAAGAAGGCAUUUGUGUUUCUCUGGUGAGCGCGAACAACAAGCAUGGCUUCUACAAACGAUAUGGUGUGGACCAGGAGGUGGGAUACGCCACGGAAGGCGGCGAAGAGAAUCCAAUUCACGACGUUGCCGGUGGUAUGAUUCUUUUCUCUCAGAAGUUAGGAAAGAAAUGA